AUGGAUGAUGAUUUGAUUGAACUAGGAGGGACGAAGUACAUCGCCGGCACAACUCCCGUGGGAGCACUAUCCUAUUCUACAAACUUCCAAUCCGAGGAAUCUCCAACCAGAAUUCCGAUCACCAUCAUCAAUGCCGUGUCCGACGAAGCUUCAUUUGGUCCAUGGAUCAAGAGCAGACUCGAAGAGCUCAACGUGAUGGACGACGCCAUCAGUGCCCCCUUCACCGAACAUGUUAUAAUCAAAACCUUCGGGAAUGAGCCGGAAUAUUUCACGAUGGAGGCAGUCUUCGAUGGUUACUGGCUAGACUCUUCUGACGAAAUUCCUUGUGAUGGUCCCUAUUUUCUGGAGGGUCGGACCUUGUAUAAAGCGUACAGGCUUUACGAGGAUGAGUAUAAUGCUUUUGUCUGUGGUGUUGUGCAAUCUGAGAAAGAACCUUUCAGAGACAAGAAGUACAUACCCGUCCCGUCCAGAUGCUAUUCCCAAGUUCUCAAUGAGCAGAAACCACUCUCUGGCAAGCGCAUAGCUGUCAAAGACAUCUACGACCUACGAGGGCUUCCGACUUCGGCAGGAUGUAAAGCUUAUGGCGCACAUCAUGGACCCUCCAAGGACACAGCUGAAUGUAUCAAAGUCCUGCUAGACCAAGGCGCUGUCAUUGUAGCGAAAGCAAAAACUGUGCAGUUCGCUUCUGGAAUGGCGUCCGCAGACUGGACUGCUGAUAAAUGUCCCACGAAUCCUCGAGGCGAUGGACAACUUGACACAGGUUGUAGUAGUGCUGGGAGCGCGGCGGCGAUUGCGGGGUACGAAUGGUUGGAUACUACUAUUGGGUCGGAUAGUCUUGGUAGUAUGACUGGACCUGCAGCCGCUUGUGGAGUGUUUGGAUUGCGACCCAGUCUUGGCACCCUCUCCAACGUUGGUGCCGUGCCUGUAUCUGAGAGACUCAUCAUGGCAGUCACCUGGACACGCCUGGCCAUUUUAGCCGUUCGAUCACAGAGCUUUCGCAAAUGGGAAGCGCUUGGCUCAGGCCUCUGGAGAUUACCUGUGUCAAUCGUCAAGAAACCAGUCACUAUCCUCGUGCCUCGAGAAAGUCAAGUCUCCUACAACGAUACCAAUAUAUCUGCUUGGAAGGACUUCUUACAGGAUCUCGAAGCGUAUUGCGGUGUUUCACAAACUUCCACUGUAGCUCACAUUCAACUCCACGACUGCUGGAAGAAUGCAUCCCAAUUUCUCGAGGCAUAUUCUGAAGACGCAUUUGGAAAGCUGGAAAUCGAUCCAUUGAUCCGAUACAAAUGGUAUGCUCUAGCUUUCCCGCUGAAGGCUCCAAAGCUGAUAAAAGUCUUUCGCAGCUUCCUAGAACGGAAAAUUUUCACGGAAAGAACCAUUAUGGUGCUUCCAGGUGGUGCUCCAGACGUCCGAUUUCGAGAUGAGAAGACUUCAGAAGAUCAGUACAACAUGUGGCAAGGCUUUGGCCUUCAGAACACAACAUACUCCGUUCUGGGCGGUCUUCCUGCUGUGAAUAUCCCAGGUCCUUAUCAUUCCAAGCUCUCUGGUGAUGUGGCACAACAACCAGUCAGCGUCAUGGUGCUGGGCUCUCGCGGAUCGGAUAUUUGGUUGAUACAACAUCUUGAAAAAGCACUGCGCGAAGAUAGACGGCAUGUCCACGUCGGGUCUGAUACGUUCUGA